UGACAGCUUUUCUAGACCAAUAUUCAUGCAACAUUUUCCUCUCCUCCGCCACAGUUUAUCUUUCUUCUUUUCUAAAAAUGGAAAAAGAAAAUAUUGAUGGAAAAACAAAAGAUGCUGAUUGCUCGUCUCUGGAGCAUUGGAGAUCAAUUUCGAUCUCCAAAGAGGAAGAGAGAAAAUUUUUCUUAAAAGAAAAAAAAAAAAAAAUCCAAAAACGAAAAACAUGGCUUGUAAUUACAAUUCAUCAUGGUUUUAUCUCAUUUUGUUCUUCCUCUUGAUUGAACUAGCCAGCUCUUCCUCUUUCAUUUCCUAUGAUGUACUUAAUCCUGAUGGACAUUCUGGCCGUACCCUUCUUCAAGCCAAGAAAGAAUGCAAUAUAAGUUUUGAGAGUUUAGACUACAGUGUCUUCACAAGCAAGUGCAAAGGACCAUUAUACCCUGCAAAGAGUUGUUGUUCAGCUUUCAGAGAAUUUGCUUGCCCUUAUGUUACAACCCUAAAUGACAGAACCAAUAAUUGUGCUGAAACAAUGUUCAGCUACAUAAAUCUCUAUGGAAAAUACCCUCCUGGUUUAUUUGCCAAUGAGUGCAAAGACAAAAAGGAAGGUAUUGAAUGUGAAACUGAUAGCAACUCUUCUUCUUUACCUAGAGUUAAACCUUCAUUGCUCAUCCCCACAUCUAGUCUCUUCUUUCUAGGGUUAUACAAUUUCCAGCUUCUCUAAAUGCUCAACUUAAAAGCUUCGAUUCGGUGUUAUAUCUUUCGUUACUACUAAUUUAUUUGUCAAUGUAAGGUUAGGUUCAAAACCUGGAGUCGUCAUUAUUAAAAAGACUUUACUUGAAUACUAUCUUUGUCUGAACGUGGAGACUUAUGUACAUAUCAAAAGAAAGUAACAUUCCAGUUAAUUAAUAUUUGAUUUUUACA